AUGUCAUUAGAAAAGUUAUACCAGAUUAAUUUUGAACAUAACUACUCGUUACCCUGGCAUUCAAAUAUGGAAAACAAAAAGUCACUUUCCGAUCCUAAGUCUAAAAAUGUGAAGCUCUCUGGCGAGGGAGAACAGAUCAAUUACGAACAGAGUUUCGAGAGUUUCAAGACAUUUGACAGAAGCGCUGAGAUCAAUUAUGAUAAUCAGUCUGCAUUUUUUCUCCUUGAUGACGACGUCGGUCCGUCGAUUUCGGAAGAAGAGGUAUUUACUUCUCGUUCACGUUUCAGAUAUGAUAUACAUAAAGUUUUGAAACGCGAAUUCAGUCAAAAAGAUCACGUUGAUCAUACAGAUAAGCACCGAAUAGCACAUGAAACCGGUUUGACUAUUCGCCAGAUUAAAAAUUGGUUUACACACCGAAGGGUCAAAGCACGAAAAGGUGAAGUUUAUGAAAGAGAAUUCAGUCAAAAAAGAUAUAUCGAUGACAAAGAUAAAAACCAAAUUGCAUUCGAAACCGUCGUCUGUCCAUCAAUCUCGAUAGAGGAAGUAAUUACUUCAUGUUCACGUUUCAAUGAGGAAAAACUUGAAGUUUUAGAACGCGACUUCAGUCAAAAGAAUCAGGUCGAUCACAUAGAUAAGCACCGAAUGGACGAUAGAGAUAAAGAGCGAAUUGCAUACACAACCGGCCGUCCGUCGAUCUUGGUUAAAAAGGUAAUUACUUUACCAAAAUUAAAUAUUGAACUACCAAAACCCAUUAUCUUGCCACCGAAUCUGCUGAAACAACCAACGCAACAACUACAGAUGAAGAAAGCGAAACAUUUGAUUCAAACUAAUAAAGCUAAUCUUUUUCGUUUUAGUAAAGGAAUACGUGAAGUUUUGGAAGGCGAAUUCAGUCAAAAAGAUUAUGUCAGUUACAUAGAUAAGCACCGAAUUGCGUAUGAAACCGGGCUAAACAUUCGCCAGAUAAAGACCGAACUGCUUACGAAACCGCAUGAAUAUUCUGGUUUCAGGCCAAAUUCGAAGAUGAAAACAACAAAAAAGAAAUGA